GGCUAGAGCGUCGCCUCCGCAGAGAAGCGCGUGUGACCUUCCCGCCUGCGGAGCGAUGCUGCCGGCGGCCACUCGCCGCCUGUGGGGGCCGGGCCUCGGGCUUCGGGGCGCUGCGCUCGGCCUCGCCAGGGCUAGGCAACAGGUACCUGGUGUCUGUGCCGUGCGGCAGAUGAGGAGCAGCAGCCACCGAAGGAGUGAGGCACUGACCAGUGCACCCCUGGACAAUGCCCAGAAGGAGUAUCCCCCCAAGAUCCAGCAGCUGGUCCAAGACAUUGCCAGCCUCACACUUCUAGAAAUCUCAGACCUCAACGAGCUCCUGAAGAAAACAUUGAAGAUCCAGGAUGUUGGUCUCAUGCCCAUGGGUGGCAUGAUGCCCAGUGCCGUCCCUGCUGCAGCAGCCCCCGAGGCUGCAGAGGAAGAAGCCAUCCCCAAACAGAAGGAACGGACACAUUUCACCGUCCGCCUGACAGAGGCAAAGCCAGUGGACAAAGUGAAACUGAUCAAAGAAAUCAAGAACUACAUCCAGGGCAUAAACCUUGUCCAGGCUAAGAAGCUGGUGGAGUCCCUGCCUCAGGAGAUAAAAGCAAAUGUCGCCAAAGCCGAAGCUGAGAAGAUAAAAGCAGCGCUGGAGGCGGUGGGCGGCACUGUGGUUCUGGAGUGACCCUCAACUCUCAGGACUUGUGACUAGGGGUCCCUGGGACCCGGGCAAAGGCCCACCCACCUGUGCUUCGCUCCCAGGAGCAGGAGUUACUGUCGCUAAUGAUGGAGUCCUCCUGGGAGAGGGAUAGGAUGGACCUACUGUGGCGGGGAAGGGGCUGCUGCUGCCUGUGCAGAGCACUCGAGAUUGCCUUGGAAACUUACCAGUGAACAUGCCCCUGGAGGCUACUGAGAAAAUACACUGUUCACGCUA